GUGACCUGGCCGCCUCUGCCUACUGCCCGCGCCAUGAGCCAGCCUGUGCCUCGCUUCUCCAUGCCCACCGCGCUGGCCCUGGGCUCAGCCGCACUGGGCGCUGCCUUCGCCACUGGCCUCUUCCUGGGGAGACGGUGCCCCUCGUGGCGGUCCCGACCGAAGAGCCUGCUGCCUCCGCCGGACAGCCCCCUGUGGCAGUACCUGCUGAGCCGCUCCAUGCGGGAGCACCCAGCGCUGCGGAGCCUGCGGCUGCUGACCCUGGAGCAGCCGCAGGGGGAUUCGAUGGUCACCUGUGAGCAGGCCCAACUUCUGGCCAACCUGGCACGGCUCAUCAAGGCCAAGAAGGCGCUGGAUCUGGGCACUUUCACGGGCUACUCUGCUCUGGCACUGGCUCUGGCGCUGCCCCCCGCUGGACGCGUGGUGACCUGCGAGGUAGACGCCGCAGGCCCGGAACUGGGGCGGCCCCUGUGGAGACAGGCUGAAGAAGAGCACAAGAUCGACCUCCGGCUGAAGCCUGCCCUGGAGACGCUGGACGAACUCCUGGCUGCGGGAGAAGCCGGCCACUUCGACCUGGCGGUGGUGGACGCCGACAAGGAGAACUGUGCAGCCUACUACGAGCGGUGCCUCCAGCUGCUGCGACCUGGAGGCAUCCUAGCCAUUCUCAGGGUCCUGUGGCACGGAGAAGUGCUGCAGCCUCAGCAGGGGGACAUCGAGGCCCAGUGUGUGCGCAAUCUGAACGAGCGUGUCCUGCGGGACGCAAGAGUCCAUAUCAGUCUCCUGCCCCUGGGUGAUGGCCUCACCUUAGCCUUCAAGAUCUAGGGCUGACCCCCAAAGACAGACCUUGGGGGAAAGGGCUUGGGAUCUGUCCACUCUGUUUUAAAUAAAAGUCGGGUGUGGGA